UAGGGGUGCCUAGACCCUUCUAUGCCUAAGGAUCCUGGGGUCAUAUGAGGAGGGAGAAAAGCUAUUAACCAGUCCCUAAAUGAAGCAUCUUGUGACUGCCCACAGGCUUCCACCUACCCUCAGCUACUAAAUUUGGCACCAUUGUACAUGUCAGGGUCCAAGAGUUGUGGCAGUAUUUCUGCCUCAUAGCUCAGGCUCUAACUGAAGUACGAAUGUCCCCACUAUCUCAUCCAUGAAACCAGAGUUUCCAUGCUGGCUCCCAUCCUGGACUUGGGGGACCCCUGACUAAGAUAGGCCUUUGGUCAGAGACUGACCUCUUAGACUGCUAGAGUUAAUUUUGACCUGUGUCCUCUCAUCUGGUGCUGCUUGGGCAAUGGGCCCUGUAACCACCAUGCCUCUGCUGGCCCCAGCAGUACAGGUAGAGAGACUGAGGUCCCAGUCUCCUAGGCAAAGGACAGGAAUUCUGGGAGGCAGGACUUCCUGCCAUUGACAGGGCUGGGGUUGGGCAAGGGUUCUCCCACCACACCCAUGUACAUGCUCUUAGGCAAGUACCCUCAGGCCCACAUUGGUAUGCUAGGACUCUCAGAUUGUACAUGCCCAAUUUUGGGCUGUGUGCACGCCAGCACCAUCCUUUCACAUGGGCCUCAUUGUCAGGAAGAGAGGCAGGGCUACUGCCCUCAGAGGAGAUACCCCUGCAACACUCCCAGCGAGGCAGGGGACAUUCCUCUUUCCCUCAAGUCAGGAGCUUGGGACUGAGGCAGGCCUUGUCCACAGCCUCUGAGAGCACCUCUGCUCCUCAGACUCCUGCACAGGACUGGAUGGAUUUAGAGCGGUCCCCGCAGCCACCUCCUCCAGGAAGCCUUCCUAGGUACCCACCUACCCCGUUCCCAGACUUUGGGGGAAACGGGGUCUCGGGGGGUCAAGGGUCACUAGGGCGUGCCAGGUCCCGGAAGCGGAAGCGCGGCGCGCUUCCGGUGCGCAGCGGGCGGCCAUGUUGGAGCAGCGGAGGCGGCGCAGAGGCGCGUCCUGGGUCCCCGCGGCGGCGCCGGUGCCAAGCGCUGAUUUGCGGAUACCCAGGCAGAUCUGCAGUGCCUAAUGCCAUGAGCGUGGUGGUGCAGCAUGUGGAGGAGAAAGCUGUGCACUCCUGGUCGCGGAUCUCCACGGCAGGGAAGAAGGCCCUGGAGGAGGCGCUGCUUGUCUUUAACCCCAUGAGUCAGGAUCUCAGUGCCACAGAGGCCCAGCUUGUAGCCUUCCUGCAGGGCCUGCGGGAUGAUGGCUUCCAACCUACCAUCCUGCGCAGCGGUGAUGUCUAUGGCUAUAGUUCAUGCACAGCUAACCCCCCAAGCCAGACGAAGCUGCAAGCUCGUGCCCCCACCCCAGCUGCCACAUCACCUCCAGCCAGUGCUCCCCGAACUGCCAUGCGACUGCCUGCAGGCCGGGCCACGCUGCUCCCUAUGCCACUAUCUGGAAGGCUGGCCAAAGCAUCCACACCAGCCCUUGCCAAGCACGCUACCACCAACCUGCUGCUGAGCUCCCUGAAGCAGUCAAGUGCCAGCCGUGCCCGGGGUGCAGCAGUGGGCUUCCCUGCCCACCUCUAUCCAGGUGUCUACCCUGCCAUGCGGCUCUCUGUUGUCCUUGAGGCCCUGGUUCCACUAAAGACUCCCAUGCCCUGCUUGGGUGCCAAGCACAAGGCACAGUCACUGCAGCUCUCACUUGCAGACUCUCCCCUGAAGCUGCGCAAAGGUCCAGGGAAGAGACCAGGGAACUCUCGGCCCAAAGCUCCCAAAAAAGGCACAAGCAAGGGCCCCAAAUGUCUGACUCAUAGAGGCCCCAGGGCCAGACCCCAACAAGGCACUAUGCCCCGGAAAAAGACCUGCAAAGCUACUGGGUCCCUCAGUGGCCUACAAAUGAAAAGUGGCUCUGCCCUGGGUACCAGAACAUCCCAGGCCAAGGCAGCUCGAACACUGGCCAAAGCUGCCCAGGCCAAGGUGGCUCGAACACAGGCCAGAGCUGCCAAGGCCCGGGCAAAAGCCAAGGCAGCACAGAUGAGGGCCAAGGCCAAGGCAGCACGGAUCAGGGCCAAGGCCAAAGCAGCACGAAUCAAGGCCAAAGCCAAGGCUAUGCGGGCCAAGGCCAAGGCGGUGCGGGCUAAGGCCAAGGCAGUGGGAUCUAAGGCCAAGGUAACUCAGACCCAGUCCAGGAGCAGAGGCAGGCCAAAAGGGUCUGUUCAGACCAGGACUGCAAGAAGGGGCCAGAAAAGCCACCCUGAGACUGUGGGGCAGAAGAGGAAAAGGGCUGAGGAGGCAAAGGAUCUUCCUCCCCGGAAAAGAACACGACUUGGGUCCCGAUCCCCUAAGGCAUGGCUAGGGCCUGGAACAGCAAAGCUGCUGAAAUUCCGGGCCAUCAAGGUGGACAGGCGGUCCUCAGACGAUGAGGUUCGGCAGCGGGCUCAGCGGAUCCUCCGUGUGAACCUGUCCCCUGUAAUACAGCUCCAGCCAUUGCUGCCAUACUCAGCACUCUGAUUCCUUCAUGUAGCAAUGUUUGGGGAAACUGAGCCCAGUUGUCUGUGUGACCAGUGGCACAGUGUGCAAUGCCCAUGGAUUCUACAACCCCAAGGACUCCGGGUGCCUCUCCAGGGCCCUGAGAGCCACCAUUCUCCUUUCAGAGACUGGAGGAUAUGGGGUGGUAUGGGCGGGUGGGAGGGGUGUUCUCAUGGCGCGAUGCACUGUGAUUUGUUACUCUUCAAGUUGUACCUCCACUGUUCCAUCUAUCACGUUUUAUACCUUUCCACCUUCCAGUCUCCCUGCCCACCCUUCAUGGUCUUUUUUGUGUUUAUAGCUGCUGGUAGGCCAGCUUGAGCAUAUAGGAGGAGUGGCCCCAGGAACAGGGCUGCCAAAGUGGGUCCUGGUAGCCCCGGACAAGUCCUGGAUGUGAGUGAAAAGAGUAGCUCCCAGGCUUCUCUAGAGGUGCUGGCCUUUGUAGAUGUGUGAGAAGCUGCCCCUAAGGGCAGGGGCAGAGCCACUCUAUGCCUCCCUUAGGUCUGCACUGACCAGGUAGGCCCCCUGCAGGAGGACAGUAGGUGGCUCUGUGGGGAACUUUGCAGCCAGCAGGUUUUUAGGCCAGGGAAAGGGGGUUUUGUGGUACUACUCCCCAGGGGCCAUUGUCUCCUACCCUGCUCUGGCUGAAACUUUGGGGCUUUGCCUGAGCUUGUCUGGGGCAGGGCCAGGCCUAAAUUAGCUAUAGUAUUUCUGCCUCUCCUUGUUCCAGCCUCAUCUUCCCCAGUUGAUAGCAAGGGGUUGGGAGUUGAGUCAGAGGCCAGGGCUCUGGGUCAUAGAGCCACAGAGUCUGUCCACUGACUGCAGAAUUUUCACCUUGGAUGAGUUGGGUACUCUUUUAACUGAACCAGGAGAGUUUCCACACUGCUUCACCCCAUCAGCAGUGCUUUCUGCCUGGGUCCCAAGCACUCUGUUUCCAGGUCCAGCCUUAUGCCUCCCAACAGGGGCCUGUGUAUUUCAGACAUUUCCGCUCUUCAUGCUUUGGAGAGGGGGCUGGGCCCCAAGCAAAACUAGGUCUCUGCCCAUUUGCCACUCCUUUCCUGAUUGCCCAGCCCAAAGGCAGUGCCUGGGGCUGGCAGGGACAGGGACACAUUCCCCAGAGGCUCCUAGAGACCUACAGCCUUUCAGGGAUAGAGGUGGGAGCCUCAUUUGAAUGAGAAUUGGAUCUUUUCUGUCUCUAUGGGUUAGUCUGAAUCCUGGCCCCACUAGUGCCAGCCAUAUUGGAUGGCAGACCUGUAGAGAAGUUCUGUUUGCUUCUUGGUACACCCUCCCCACCUUUAUUCUGCAUCUGGUGGCUGCAAUUAAUAGGGUGUGACCUCCAUUGGCUCCCAGGCUCUGGGGACCCCCUUUGCUCCCAGCCUCACCAUGGCUUCACAGCCCUGCAUGCUCCUUGUCUCUGGCAAUCCUGCUUUUAUCUACCAUGUGAGUAUGGGGCCACACCCAGCUCCUCAAGGGCAGCCUGCUGUUCAUCCUCUCAGGUCUGAUUUCAGCUCCCAUGGCCCAGGACCCCCAGCCUGGCUAGGCCUCCUCUCCAGUCUGCAGCUCCUUUCAGUUCUGCUUCUGCCACCAGCGGGUGAGAGGUUGGCUUUCGCUGAGAGCCAUCCAGAGCAGGAGAAAAAAUCUCCAGGCCUCUUUUGGGGCAGAAUGAGGUGGGGGAACCCUUAGGAUCUCUGUUCAGAUGCUGUCCUUCCCAGUCCAGGCUUCCAGAACAAUUGAGGAGGUGUCAGACACACUUCCCCUACCUGAAUGCUCAAGUGGCAGCUGCUACCCACCUACUGGCAAUUUGAUUGUUGGCCAUGGCCAGAACUUUGUCCUCCUAUGGUCUCUGAGCCCUACUGCAUUGUCAGUCACCUCCAGGUGGGGAGGAGGAUGAGGGCUCUGGAGAUGGUAUCUCUGGGUUUUCCUGGGCAGGUUUGGCUUUGUGGGGGUUCAGAUCAUUGCUGGGAGGGGGAGGCCUGUGCUGUGAAAUUUGGGGCUUGGGGGCCAACCACGUACCUCUUGCAGAAAUCUGAGAAUUCCUUCUUUUGUGACAUUUGGGAUCAGGGAGGCCAUGACACUGAGAAUGUGAUUUGAGUGGUCGUGGAAGAAACAAGACCUGAUGGCCAGCAGAGAGAGGUGAUGGUACCCGUGUGCCCAUGUGUGCAGGUCUAGGGUCAGGGCUCAGUCACUCUGAUUGGCCCUUGUGGUUACAGGUGUUGAGAACGUCACCAUCCAGCUGGACCUAGAGAGUGCCUUCUACAUUACCCACCUCAUCAUGACGUUCAUCAUGCCCCAGCCUAAAGGCUUGCUCUGUGCCUCCUGACCUCACAGCCACCAGUGAUGCUUCCCUCUGGUGACCCAAGGACCCCCUCUUGUCCUCAGACAUUCUGCCUGGCAACUCUGCUUCUGGAGCAUUCAGUGGACCAUGGCCACUCGGCAUGUAUGCUGAUACUUUGCCUACAGCUGCUCAGGCCUCUUUCCUGGGAUCCCUCCCACCCCUAGCCACAGAAACAGGGCUGGUUUGUGACCAGCAUUACUCCAACAUUGAGCCUUCUGCUGAGGGCAAGGUCAACCUAGAGGAAGGGAGGUUGGGCCCUGGGGUGAAGCCAGAGGCACAGGUUUGCUUCUUCCAGGUUAUUUUCAAAGUUCUGGACCCAGCCAUUUUAAUGGAGAACCCAAACAAUCCCAGGAUUCAGGGUAAUCCUCUCCACAGCCAAUCCUGUGUUCCUUGCAUGUCAGGACAGCCAGAUAAUGCAGGGAGGUGAGGUCCUGCUUGGGUGUGUACACCAGUGAGGUAUGGUAGGAGGCAAGCCAGCUCCCUCCCCCAGCAUUAUUCUCUGGCUCUAUCCCAUCAUGGUCCUCUAUUAUGGACCUAAUAUGGCCCCCCUUUCCUGUCCCAUCAUUGUUCCCCAUACCUAUGCCCAGUGUAUAGGGACUGGCAGUUUGUAUCUCUGCCCCAUCACAGAUUCUUUGUGGGACCCCUUUGUGGUUCCCAUCACUACUUUCUAUGCCAGCUAUCAACAAUGUACCCCAUUUCUGCACCUGUCUCUAUACCUUAUAACUGUCCCUUUUAUGAGCCUCCAUCACAGCCCCUAUCCUGGUCCCCCUGACUCAUCACCCUGAUGAGUCCUCAUCCUGAUUCAUCACCCUGGCCUUACUUGGUGUCUGGCGUCUCUGCAGCUGCCUCUAGGUGGCACCAGGGCAUCUCUGGGUUGUGACCUCUUUCUUGUAAAACAAGUCUUGAAAGACAAGACACAUAACCAUAACCCAGCAGGGCAACCCAGAGUCAGGCCAGGUGAGUACUAAAGCAUGACAUACCCCAACCUGGCUUUUUCUCUACUCUCCACCCACCUUGACUGGUUAUUACCAACUACUUGCCCUGAGCCCCCAUGCUAGGUUCCCAAGCAGGUCUUGCUUGCUCUUCUGAUCAGGAGAGAGACACUCAGCAAAGGGAGGUAUAAGAGGAAGCUUGGUUCAGUAACUGACUUAAGCUGUGGAGCAGAAAGGAGCCAUGGACCCAUCUGUCCCAUGUGUACAUGGAACAAGUGCCCAUUGAGCUCCACUGUGUGCCAGACAUCUGUCUUCUGAGCAGUGUUCAGUGGGGAGCAGAUAAAGUGUCUUGGAUCUGACAUGAAAAUGAGAAAAACUUGAUAAAUAAGCAAACUAAUACCAUAUAUGGUUUGGCUGGAUGGUAAACUGAUUUCUAGUUUUGAUGAUAGACUGGGGAAUGGGAUGGUUUACUGCAAUGGGGAAGCAGUUUUCAACUAGUAAUGCCAGGAUGGGGUAUCCAGGAAGAGGUGGGAUUGUGCAGGUCUCACCUCAGGAGUGAUGUCAUGGUUGGAGCAGUGCAGAGGUAGAAUUAUCACCAUUAGACUGUGGUCAUCCUAAGAUGGUAUGCCUAGAGGAGCAGGUAUGGGGGAGUCCCACAGCAUGAAUGCUGGAGGAGGUGGCUGCAAUGAUGCAGAGAGAGAAGAAACCCUACCCCUAUUCCAUCCCAGCCAUAGAGGGAUGAUGAUCAGUGCACCUGAGGUCCCCAGUCUGUGUCUCCAGAACUCUUUCAUGUGACAAAUCUCCAUGUGAACUCCAAAUUGCACACGCUGGGUGAUAGGCUGCUGGAGGAGCCUAAAGAGACACCCCUUCUACUACUAUGUCCUUUAGGAGCUUGUGGCCAGAGGCAGCUGCCUAUGCCAUGGCCAUGCCUCUGAGUGCAGGCCCACAGCUAAGGCCCCAGCCAACAUGAAAGGCAUGGUGAGCGCCAUGAAAGAGGCAUCCUGUGGCUGCUGGGGGUGGGCAAGCUGGGGGACUGGGGCAGACUCAUCUUGCUCUCCUCCCUGCCAGGUGCGUGGCCUUUGCAUCUGCCAUCGCCACACAGUUGGUACCCACUGUGAGCAUUGGUAGGACCUAUGCUAUUACCACCUAUGGCAUGCAGCAGAGCCUGGGCACCCCCACACCUGGCAGGAUACGUGCCGUGUCCUCUGUGCCUGACCAUAAUUGCCUAAGUCAGCCCGCUCCAUAUCCAUCUUCCUUGUUCUGCCCCAGAAUGCAAGUGUAAUGGGCAUGCCCACAGUUGUCAUUUUGACAUAGCCCUGUAUCUGGCAUCUGGCAAUGUGACUGGAGGCGUGUGUGAUACAUGUCAGCACAACACAGCUGGGUGCCACUGUGAACUCUGCCAGCCCUUCCACUGAGAUCCCCAGGAGGAACCCCAUUCUCUUCACUCUUGCAAACGUGAGCCUUCCAAUCCCCAAUCCCACCUCUGACCCUGAUCCUUCAGCUCCAUGGUGACCUCUGACCUAACUCUGUCCUCACUUCUGACCCAUGAUUCAGCCUGUGACUGUGACUCUAUGGCUACUUUGGAAGGGGGGUUGUGUGAUGCCCGCACAGAAAGACCCACAGCCUCCUCUCUGGGCAGUGUCACUGCAGAGUUCAUGUCGGGCCAGUGCUGUGACUUCUGCCGGCCUGGUCACUGUGGCUUAAGCCCCACUCAGGCAGAAGGUUGUCAGUGUGAGUUAUCCUGAGAGUAGACCCAACCCUCAUGUCCUUGCUCUGCCCCCAAUCACUGCUCUAAUGACACAUGCAUGCACCUAUCCCUGCAGGAAUCCCAAUAGCACCCUUCGAGCCCUGUGCCCUAGCCCGUAGACACUACCCCUGAGGCAAGGUCCCUGGCACUCAUGCCUGUGAUACCUCCAGCAGUGCCUGUCACUACAAACGCUUUGUCUCUGGAUGGGACUGCAGACUUUAUCUGGUAAGCCUUGCCCCACCUUCUGAUUUGACCGUGAUUUUGGGCACUAGGCUUCUAGCAGCUGACAAGUAUAAGGCUGUAUAAUCAGUGUGACUCUAGACUGAGCCUUGCACAUGGGUUGGUUCUACUCCUUGAUCUGGUUACCAAGGUCAACACCACCUCAGCUAGCUGAACCAGCAUAUGCCCUCAGGUGGGAGCUUUGGGAACAUAAAAGGAAAAGCAAUGAAGCAAGUUACAACAUAUUGUGCACUGGGUUUAAAGAUGUUUCGCAACAAACAUAUUUGGAGGAAGACUCAGUCCAAGAAAGAAUUCCAUCCACUUCUUGCCUUUCCUUGAACAUAAAUCCUUUAACUUUUACUUUAGCCUCUGCAGUAUCCUCAUCUUACCUCUUAUGAAGCUGUGCAGGAGUAUACUGAGGUCUCCUCACCCCCUCUCAGCUACAGCCAGAGGAGCAUUGAAGCCCUGUGCUCACUCCCCUUCCUCUUGCAACAGGCAGUCCCAGCAUAUGACCUCCUAGGCCCCAGAUCUUCCUGUCCUUUCUCCACCUACUUGCUCUCUCUUACAGUCCGAGUUCUGGAGUCUGAGCGGUGACUCUUUGGGCUACGGGCCUUGUGACUAUGCCUACAGCAAUGGGUACAAGGUAGGGCCUGGGAGUUGGGAUCAAGUGAUAAGAAUCAGGAGUUGACUCUCCUUCCCUGCCCCCACAUUAGUUCAGGUGUUCUGCUGGGGAGGGCCUCUGCCUGUGCCACCCCCACCUCCAUGGCUGCCAUGAAUUCCCAUCUGGGCACUUCUGUGUUGCCCUUGACCAAACCACUGCUGAAGCUGAACUUGGCCAGGGCUUCCAGCCAGCUGACCCCCUGUUGCCGAUGAGUGUCCAGGAGGAGCAGGGGCAAGAGAAAACCAAAGCUUAGACUUGGUUUUCAGGGGAGGGAG